AUGAAUUUACUAAAAAUAGAUUCGCAUUGGCAAAAGAAAAAUUUUGAAAAAUCUAAUGAUAUUGAUGAUCGUCGAGAAAAUGCUUAUAAAUUUAUUAUUUUUCUGGCGAAUUUUAUGAGUAUUACGAGUCUAUUAAUAAUUUGUUUAAUUAUUCCUUCAAUGUAUAAUUAUGUUAAUAAUAUUCGUACGUUUAGCCGACAAGAUUUUCAAUAUUGUGAAAGUUCAACAUCGGAUAUGGAAAUUGAAAUGAAUGCUAUGAAACGAAUCGAAAAUCGAACGAAAAGAAGCGAUAUUUCACAUUAUCGUGGACAUAAUCCUACUGCAUUGGUGAAGGAUGAAAUCGCUUUUCAAGAAUGUCCUGCAUGUUGUGUUGCCGGUGAAAGAGGACCUCCUGGUGAUGCUGGUUUGCCUGGCCUUCCUGGAAGUCCAGGACCCGACGGUGCUCCCGGUCGACCAGGAGCGACUCCGAAUGCGUCUUGCAUUCCAGAACGUAUAUUUGAACCACCACCAUGCCUUCCUUGUCCACAAGGACCACGUGGAGUUCCAGGACAUCCAGGAUUUCCUGGCGAUCCUGGUGAUCCUGGCAUACCAGGCAGACCCGGUCUGGAUGGUCUCCCUGGGAAGCCUGGAAGCGAUGGGCUUCCUGGGCCACCAGGACCUCCUGGACCACCCGGAUUGCCAGGCGACAAAGGGAUCACUCCACAAGCCCAUGUUAUUCCAGGACCACCUGGCGAUCCUGGUGAACCUGGACCUUGGGGAUUACCGGGACAUCAAGGCGCCAAAGGUGAAGAUGGUUAUCCUGGACCGCCGGGCGAAAAAGGUUGGCCUGGGCCUCCUGGGCCACCUGGGCCUGCGGGGCCACAAGGACCACCAGGGCCUCAAGGAGAAGCUGGUCCGACAGGAUCACCCGGCACAUGUAUUUGUCAAGAUACCGAAAUUAUUAUUGCUGAUAUGCCGAAACGGCUACAGAAACCAUAUGGAGAAAGCUUUCCGCCAGCUGUAGAAUAUCCGGAAAAUGCUGGUGAACAAGACGUUAAAUGA